GGCUAGGGUGCGCGGCGGCGGCGCGGGCCGGCAGGGCUGGGACCUGCGGGCGUGAGGCGCUGCGGGACGGUCCGCCGGGCCAGCCUGGCGGCCACCCCAAAAUAAACUGCGAGAGAGUGGGCCUCGCCACAGCCUACUUUAAGAAAGAUGGCUUUGUCAGCCCAACAGAUACCCAGAUGGUUCAGUUCAGUUCAGUUGAGUAGCUUCAUUACGGCUACACAACUCGGAAAACAUUUUCAGAGACCAGGAAAAACAUUGUCGCAUGGCUUUGCUGCUCAACCUCAGAUGUCCUCUGACAAUUGCUUCCUCCGGUGGGGAUUUAAGACAUAUAGGACUUCCUCCUUGUGGAAUAGUUCCCAGUCUACCGACUCAAGUAGGCAAGAGAUUACUUCUUCCCAGAGUGCUCUGCUUCCUUCCAUCAAUGAGCAGACACAGAAGACACAAAAGACACGCAACUUUGACUCGGAGCUAUCUCUAGAAGCACUGGACGAUUUGCCUCCAUUGUCUCCGUUGCAGCCAGUCUCCGAGGAGGAGGCCAUUCAGAUUAUCGCAGACCCUCCAUUGCCCCCAGAUACAUUCACACUUCGAGACUAUGUGGAUCAUUCUGAGACUCUGCAGAAAUUAGUGCUUCUAGGAGUGGAUCUCUCAAAGAUAGAAAAACAUCCAGAUGCUGCCAACCUCCUGCUGAGACUGGAUUUUGAAAAAGACAUUAAGCAAAUACUCAUGUUUCUUAAAGAUUUGGGUUUAGAAGAUAACCAACUGGGAACGUACCUGACUAAAAACUAUGCUAUUUUCUCUGAAGACCUUGAAAAUCUUAAAACCAGAGUGGCUUAUCUACAGUCAAAAAAUUUCAGUAAGGCACAUAUCACACAGAUGGUCAGAAAUGCGCCAUUUUUGCUGAGUUUUUCAGUGGAAAGAUUGGAUAACAGAUUGGGAUUUUUUCAGAAAGAACUCGAACUUAGCGUGAAGAAGACUAGAGAUCUGAUAGUUCGUCUCCCACGGCUACUAACUGGAAGUCUGGAGCCUGUGAAAGAAAACAUGAAGGUUUAUCGUCUUGAACUAGGCUUUAAACAUAAUGAAAUUCAACAUAUGAUCACCCAGGUCCCAAAGAUGUUAACUGCAAAUAAAAGGAAACUUACAGAGACUUUUGACUACGUGCACAACGUGAUGAGCGUUCCCCACCACCUCAUUGUCAGGUUCCCACAGGUAUUUAAUACAAGGUUGUUUAAAAUCAAGGAAAGACAUUUGUUUCUUACCUAUUUAGGAAGAGCACAGUAUGAUCCAACAAAACUUAACUACAUUUCUUUGGACAAAUUAGUGUCCCUGCCUGAUGAAAUAUUUUGUGAAGAGAUUGCCAAAGCUUCAGUACAGGACUUUGAAAAAUUCUUAAAAACUCUUUAGUGUGUGAUGAAUGUAAUAAUGUAAAAUGAACAUGUAUAUGAAUGAAAUAUUUUUUUUUAUUAAAUAAAUGCCUAGGCCUCAGUUGA